AUUUCGCCAGUCAAACUCUCCUCAUUUCUUGACUCUCACUGCCAGAACCCUAAACCCUUAGAGAGCACGACAAAAAAUCCUUCUUCUUUUCAGUUUAUUAUGCAUGAUUAUGGAAAUGAGAAGACUCGAUUGAAAUCACUGUAAUCGAACCAAAAUUGAAAGCACAAGAAGAAGAUGAGCAGAUCAAGGGCAACAUUAUGGUCACGUAUCAUCCUCAAUCAGCUCCACCACAUUUCCGGCACGGGUCUCCGGCCGGCUCGGCCUACUAUGAAUCCCUCUUGUCCCGCCAUAACCCGUCACUUCUCCGCCUCACCGGACGCCGCGGAGGUUCAGAGGCAGAUACAGAAUUUACUUUUUCAGAUUGAGAAGGAUAGACAACGGGAGAGAGAGGAGCGGAAGCGGAAAGGGCUCGAUACUGCCGACAUUGAUGCGGAGGAAGAUGAGGAUUCCAUUGGAGUGGGACCCUUGAUUGAGAAGCUUGAGAAGCGGAAGGCGAAAGAGGAUGCGGAUUCGAACUUGUACGAGGAGUGGAGUGAAUCGGAUUCUGAUGAUGAUGAUGAGAGGUACUCCCCUGAAGCGGUACAGAAGAAGAUUGAUGUUUUUGAGAAGAAGUUUAAGAGGCACGAGCAGCUCCUCAAGAGCUUCACCGACGCUGAGACUAUUGAAGAUGCUCACAAAUUGAUGAAUUGUAUUGACAAGUUUGAGGAAAAGCACUUUAAGCUCAGGCCGGAGUAUCGUGUGAUUGGUGAGCUCAUGAAUAGACUCAAAGUGGCCGAAGGCAAGGAGAAAUUUCUUCUUCAGCAAAAGUUAAAUAGAGCCAUGAGAAUGAUUGAAUGGAGAGAAGCUUACGAUCCUAAUGAUCCUGCUAAUUACGGGGUCAUCAUCCGGGAGCAGAUUGGAACUUCUGCUGAAGUAGGACAAGGUGAUUUUGAGGAUGAGAAGACAAUGAUUGAAGGUGGGGAAGAUGAUGAUGACUUGGAUUUCGAUGACUUGAAGGAGAAGGAUGAUAUAUUGUUGGAGAAACUCAGUGCGAUUGAUAAGAAACUUGAACAGAAACUAGCUGAAUUGGACCACACUUUUGGCAGAAAAGGAAGGCUUCUGGAGGAGGAAAUCAGAGACCUUGCUGAAGAGAGGAAUUCACUCACUGAGAAGAAGAGAACACCUCUUUACAGAAAAGGUUUUGAUGUCAAACUUAUCGAUGUAAACAGAACGUGCAAAGUUACAAAGGGAGGGCAAGUUGUCAAUUACAGUGCAAUUCUUGCCUGUGGAAACUAUCAGGGUGUUAUUGGUUAUGCCAAAGCAAAAGGUCCAGCAGUUCCAAUUGCCCUUCAAAAGGCAUAUGAGAAGUGCUUCCAAAAUCUCCACUCUGUAGAGCGAUAUGAGGAGCAUACCAUUGCUCAUGCAGUUCAAACAUCAUACAAAAAGACCAAGGUGUAUCUUUGGCCUGCCUCCACGACAACAGGUAUGAAAGCGGGCAGAACUGUCCAGACAAUUCUAAAUCUAGCCGGUUUCCAGAAUGUGAAAUCAAAGGUGGUUGGUUCAAGGAAUCCUCAUAAUACAGUAAAAGCACUUUUCAAGGCUCUGAAUGAAAUCAAGACUCCCAAGGAUGUUCAAACUGAAUUCGGGCGAACUGUUGUGGAAUCAUACCAAGUCUGAGGCAUCGAAGAGGGGCAAUGAGCGAGCAUGGGAUGAGUAUAGCAUGCAGUUUUAAGCUCUAUACCUGCCUCUGAUUGGUGAUUGGUCAAUUUUUGUAGAAUGUUGAUGUCUGAGUUUCUUUGCCGUUUGUAAUAAUUUAGUUCUAAUUACUGUAACCACUUAUUACUAAGAUCGAAUAGACACAAGUCAGGCUCCGUUAAGCAAAGCAUCUAUUUUAUACCGUCAAGAAAUGCUACAAAAUCACAUUUUCAAGCAUUAUCAUUCUAUUUUAUACCGUCAACAAAUGCUACAAGAUCAC